ACGAGUUUUUUCAGUCGGUUCACCUCAUCAGCUGCUGCUCGAGAUUUUGUUGUUUGUAUUUUUAUAUUAUUUUUAAUAUUUUCUCCUAAUGGAAAAUUUGUACUAAACAGUUUCCGAACAAUGUUGGAGAACGCAGGCUUAAUAAACAUGUCGAAAGCAUACUGCAUUCUGUGUCUGGACUUGACCCCUCCGACGAGUUCAAAAUUCGAAACGACGACAGAAGUAGAAAUUUCGACCUUGUCCCAUCUUCUCGUCCCCAGCUUGGACAUCAAACACUUGAACGAAACCUGCCUAUUGUGCGAAAAAUGUUCCAUUCAUUUUCACCAAACGGUGGAAAUUCGACAAGAAAUUUCAAAAUUGGAAGACCAGAUCGCCAAAAAGGUUGAUGUAAUGAGGACAACAAUUUUGAAUUCUGAGCAAAAGAAACAAAUUUGUUGGAAUAAUGAGGACAAAGAAUUCGGGAGUAUUUUAAGAAUGCGGCAAUAUUUCUUCCCCUUCACGACAGAUGAAAAUGACGACGAGCUGGAAAUUAAAACAGAACCAGAAAAUUGUCCAGAUUUUCAGGACACCGAAGCUGUUCGAAAUUGGCACGUAAUUGAUGGCAUAACAACGACGGCGACGAAUAAUAGCGACUUAAAAUUUGAUCCGCCAAGUUCCGACGAGGAGGAUGCAUCGUCCUCCUUCUCUGGUUUACCUGAUCCUCUGCUAGUCCCGUCUACCAGAAAGAGGACAAUUCCUUCCAGCACUGUUCAAAAAUCUGCAAAAAGCAGUAGAAUGCCAAACACUUUUUCUCAUCAGAACGACGAUGAUAGUUCUUCAGAACAUGAACAAUCUGAAAACAACGACUGCACCGAUAGAGACGAAGACUGGACAGAGGAACUCGAAGAAGGAAACGAGCCUGCUUCCCAUCAAUGUACAAAAUGUGGCAAAAUUGUCUCCAAAAAAGGCUACUUGACCACGCAUUCCCGUCGACCCCACCCGUACCCAUGUUCGCAAUGUUCCUUCACCUUCGUCACCAUCCGAGAGAGGAUCACCCAUCAAGAAAGAGAACAUGAAACCCCCACGGCACCCCCGCAAUGUGUCAUCUGCGCCAAAAAAUUUCGUCGCGUCAUUGACCUCGAGAAACACAUGGUCAUCAAGCACGAAACUGACGAGAAGAAUUUCACUUGCACCAAAUGUGGGAAAGGUUUCAGUUUGGAGGCGAAUUUUCAGCGACAUUCGCUGCUCCAUGAAUUUGAGGCGGAGAGACCGCUCGUUUGCACCGUGUGCGACACCAGAUUCGCCAAGCAGGACCUAUUGGACAAACAUAAGCGGUCACAUGACAAACUACCGUGUGAACUUUGUGACGCUACUUUCGCCAGCAGGCCGCUAUUAGAGAGACACAUCCGCCUCCACAAGGGCGAAAAGCCGUUCAAAUGUGACCACUGUGAAGAAGCCUUUAUCGACACGGCUGCAAAACAGUCGCACACCGUUCGAGUCCAUCUAGUCCAUCAUCGCCAGAAAUGUGACCUGUGUGAGAAGACCUUUAUCAGCCAUUGGGCACUUCUCAGUCACGUGAACAAUGUGCACAAACGGAUCAGGAAAACAAAAUGUGUCACCUGCGGAGAUACCUUCAUCGAUGCUGCGGCCCUACAAUCUCACAGGAUACAAGAACACGGCGACGAUCCCUUGACCUGUGAGGAAUGUGGAGCAAAAUAUAUUUCAAUAGGAGGACUUAAAAGGCAUAAACUGAAACAUUCUGGAGUUAAGAGUGAAACGUGUCAUCUCUGCGACGCUCGAUUCUUGACGAAACAGGAGUUACAAAAACACGAAUUUUCCCAUUCGGACGUGAGAAAUUUUGUGUGCAACCAUUGCGGCAGAGCGUUUAAGCAAAGCGGACAGUUUCGUCGUCAUUUAAACCGUGUUCACAAGGAGAAACUUCCUUCAAGUAGUAAACCCCGAGGAAAACUUAGGUUUACUGCUUAAUUAAAUCUACUGAAUUUUAAGAGAAAAUAAAUCUUAAAAGUAAUUCUAAUUUACUUAUUUCUUAAGUAGAUGAACAGAUGCGUGAAUGUAUGUAUUUUUUAUAUUUACAUAAAAGUUGUCAAACUGCAUACCUAUAGAAAUAAAACCUACAGUGCAGACUUGAUAUAGCCCGA